GGAUUAUAACUCGAAAGUCGAGAAUAUAUGUCAUUAAGAAUCGUUGAGCUGCGUAAACGUCAGUGAGUGCAUUUUUAUUUGCUCAGGGUUGAAAAUACCACAAGAUAUUCUUUGUUUGUCGACGAUAGCCGAUAAGGCGUUAUUAAAUGCCCUCUCAGAUAUUCUGAGCAAAUAAGAGAAUUGGUACUAUCAGUACCACAGAUGUGAAGUACACUUAAACUGCUAUUAUGGUUACAAAGUUUGUAUUGUUGCUCUUUUGCGUUUAUCCCAUCAGUGGGAUCUCAGUGAACGAGAGGAAGCAGUGCUGCGAUUUGGGCACGAAUUUCGCCUCCGCCGGCAAUCCUUGCAAAGAUUUCAAACCGGAAUGGGCCGGGCCGAAGCUAUCCCACGAGAAAAUCUGCCUGGCGACCGCCGAUGUUUGCUGCAAAAAGGAAACCCGCGAAAAGGAAUGCCUGCAGGGCACAGUGGACGCCCAAAACGGAGUCGCCUGCCCCGCCGAAGACAGCGAUAGAAGAGUUUGUUGCGAGGCGUGCCAAUCGGGCUUGGACAGCGCGAGAGCGAAGGAGCCUUGCUCGAAUUUCGGCUUAGGCGAUCCUUACGACACCGCUUUCCAGAAAUGCUGCGAGGAGUAUUCCAAAACGGUCCCAUCAACAACCACCACCACCACUGCAAGAACCACCGCUGCUCCCAAACCCACGUCGAUCCCUUACAAUUACUUCAACACACCUGUUGAGAACAUUUGCGAUUCGGACGUGUGCGCCCAACUCUGCGAGCCGGUGGACGAUUUGCAGUUCAAGUGCGAUUGCUACAAAGGCUACACUCUGAUGGACGACGGCAUAUCCUGCAGGCCGGAGAAGAGGAUACUCAAAAAAGGCGGAAGAUGCGAGCAAAGCAAUCCUUGCGAUCAGGAUUGCGUUGAUACGGGAAUCGCAAUAAAAUGCUCGUGCCGGGAAGGAUAUGAGCUAGCGGACGACAACAGGACUUGCAAAGAUAUCGACGAAUGCGCGAGGAAUAUGCACGAUUGCAGUUCGCCUGGGGAUUGCAUUAACGAAAUCGGAACUUAUUCGUGUUACGAUUCGAUUUUGGACAACGAGACCAUCGAUUUCGAAAACAAGUGUCCCAAUGGUUACAAAUAUAAUUUUAAUAAGUUGGUUUGUGAUGAUAUCGAUGAGUGUCAGUUCGAUUUAAUUUGCGAUCCUCCAAAAACUUGUAUAAACACGCUAGGGUCUUUUGAGUGCGUUGACGAGAACGUUCCCAAAUGUCCUCCAGGGUUUCAUUACAAAGCAGCUACAGAAACUUGUACCGAUAUUGACGAGUGCAUUACUGGCAAUAACGAUUGCAACAAAGAAUCGCAAUUUUGCUUGAACACCCAUGGAAAUUACACCUGCGUCGAUAAAGCGUCGAAAAAUACUUGCCCGCCUGGUUUCAAGAAGAAUUCUAUCACCCACCUAUGCGAUGACAUAAACGAAUGCGAAGAGGAAGAUAACUUAUGCGGGGAAAACGAACUGUGUGUAAAUCAACCUGGAGGUCACACGUGCGUUGUACCUCAUACGAAACCAACGACAAAAAUUACCACCACAACUGUAAAAUCUACAACAACCAGCACACCUUCCACUACACCUACAACUAAAAAAAAAGACUGCCCUAAAGGCUACAAGUACAUGGAAGACACUCAAGUUUGCGCUGAUAUAAACGAAUGCCAAAUCGGUACGCACACGUGCGGAGUAGCCGAAAGGUGCGACAACACCAUAGGAUCCUACUACUGCUCGCGAUUCUUCGGCUGCGGCACAGGCUACACUCUAAACUACGACAACGGCCUGUGCGAAGACGACGACGAGUGCAUCUUAGGCACCCAUCACUGCAACGAGCUGGGGCCGAAUUUCAAGUGCAGGAACACGUUGGGCUCGUACCGGUGCGAGCCCGUGAGAAAAUACAACACGCACGCUACUCACACCACUCGCACGACCAAACCAACUAAACCUACGACAAAACCUACUACUACUACUACUACUACUACUACACCAAGGCAUUAUUACCCUCAGACGCCUGAUAGAAACGCCGCUGCUUAUACACCACCUCCAAACCGAACACCUGUUCACGAACCGCCUUUCGUAUCUUCUAAGGCUUAUACAGUACAAACUACUCCCAGCACUCGCCAGCAUAAUUACCCUCCAAACGUCUAUAACACUACUCCAAGAAGCAAUAAUUCUAUUAACGUAGCUGGUACUAUAUUACCUAUAGGCAGAACAACUACUUCCACUACAACAACAACAACAACAACUACUACUACUACCACCAAACGUCCUGCACCUUAUACAGAUGGUACUUUACCGUAUUACUCACCUAAAAUUCUGACAACUGUCGACGAAACCUUACCGUACUACUCCCCUAAAUCCACCACGCCUAAAACUACUGUUACUGUCGAAUCACCCACGGAGAAAACAACACCUGCGAACCCAUUCUACGAUGUAUUCCAAUACAGGAAAUGCUUACCGGGUUACAGGAUCAAUUACCGGGGAUUGUGCGAGGAUAUUAACGAAUGCGAGAGUAAUCCGUGCCGCAGAAACGAGAAAUGCGUCAAUUACAACGGGAGGUUCGAAUGCGUGCCUCCGAUGCAAUGCAAAAUCGGCUUCGAAUUAAGCGAGUCCGGAGAUUCCUGCGUCGAUGUCAACGAAUGCUCGAGGGGAAAGCACAAAUGUUUGCCAUCGCAGAUUUGCAAAAACUACCAAGGUUAUUACACUUGCGAGUGCCCUCCGGGCCAUCAUUUGAAUAAAAGAACCAACGAAUGCGAAGAUUUGGACGAGUGCAGAAUGUAUAGGCCUUGUCGCUUGUCGUCUUCGCAAUGCGUCAACUUGAAAGGAUCCUUCAGAUGCGACUGCAAAACCGGCUUCAAACGAAGAUCCGCCAAUGAAUGUGAAGACUUCGACGAGUGCGUGCAAACGCCAGAGCUCUGCGAGCAUACUUGCGUCAACACCUGGGGCUCCUACAGGUGCAGCUGCAAUCCAGGUUUCACGUUGAACACAGACAAUAGAACGUGUACGGAUAUAGAUGAAUGCGAGAGAUUUAAAGCCUUAUGCGUAGGUACUUGCAAAAAUGUUCCUGGUAGUUACGCGUGCGAAUGCCCUCCAGGGUAUAAACUAGGAAGCGAUGGAAGAACGUGCAUUGAUAUCGACGAAUGCGAGCAGAACGUUUGCCUUCAAGACGAAGUCUGCUUGAACACAAGAGGAGCGUACAAAUGUUACAGGAUAAAUUGUCCCGCUAACUACGAGAAAGAUAGGCAGCACAAAUCGCGCUGCAAAAGAAUUCAAUCGUUAUGCGACCCCAGAGACUACCAAUGCCUCCUGAUGCCCGAGCAAUACACCUACCAAUACAUCACGUUGGUGUCCAACUUACCUCUUCCCCGCGGCCACCUCAUUUUGUUCCGAAUCAAAGGGCCCGAUUGGUACUCGUCUCGGGCGGAAUUCACCUUCAAGAUACUAGACGUCGUGUGUCCACGUUCGGUCGAGAAAGUCCACGAUGGGUUCUUCACGAAAGUCAACGAGCCGUUCAAUAGCAUGGUCCUGUACUUGGUGAAGCCCAUACACGGGCCGCAGGAGAUCAAAUUGCAAAUCGAAAUGCGGCUGUUCCAGGGCAACAUCCUGAUAGGAAACGCCGUCGUUUACAUUAUUGUAGUAGUGUCCGAAUACACGUUUUAAUUUCACGUUGAAGUUUGUAAAUAUCUACUUAAACUUGUUCAUGAAUCAAUACUAAUUUUAGGGAUUGGUAAUAAUUAACGUAUACUUUUAUAAGUAAUAAAUGUUGAAAAUA